AUGUUCCUGAACAGUUUCGCUCGCCUCGUCAGUCCCGACCGCAAGCGCACCGCCAACCCCUCCUUCAUCGUCAGACGCCGCUACCGCGAACUCCCUGACAUCGGCGGGGCCGUAUCACCGGCCAUCGCAGCACCUUUGCCCGACGACACUCUUGAAGCCCCUCGCACCCUUCGCCUCUUCGGUAGACUAAGGCUCCCAAGGUGGCCAGCAAAGCCGAUCACUGCUGUACCUCUACCGGACGAACAGCCGGUUGCGCGUCCACCAGUCCCCCGUCGCCGCUCAUGGGCAGCUCAGACGAUGACCCGACUCUCUAGGCCAUUCACGCUACGACGUCACCGCUCAGAGGACUUGCAGCCGCUCCUUGAGCCGAACCUCUGCCUCUCCUCCUCGUCACUCCUUGACGACGUCCCGAUCCCUGAUCCUUCUCUGGGCGACUUCCUCGUCUACCUGGACGGGCUCGACCAGGAGCUUGAAGGCGCUCAAGCCAUCUUUGCAGCUCACACCAUGGACGUGGAUGCCUUUGAGGACGAUGAACGCGACGAGGACGCUCAAAACUCCUUUGAGGACAGCAGCAGCAGCAGCUACUCUAGCAGCGGAGAACGUACCUUGGCCAUCGAGUUCCGCGAUCCCAUUGACGAUGAGGCUCACAGCAGCAACCCUUUCGAUGACAUGGAGCGUGUGCAGCUGAGCGACGGGCCCGUGCCCGAAUGCACUGGCUCAACGCAACUCAAUCCCAACUGUACCGAAUUCUACUUUCCUACUCGCAACUACGGAUCGAUCCGCGAGAUCGAGGCCGUCACGCGCGAAGUCGUCUUAGACAAUCCACGGCCGCCCCUGCCGCCCAGGCCGUCCAUUGGCCGUCGCCUCUCGUCGCGUGUAGGUGUCUGGAGACCAUGUCGUCCCAGGCAGGGCACGCUAGAGGCUCUGCUGGAGGAGGAAGGGCCGACGCAGGAGCAGUCGAUCGAGGUCGACCAGUACCCCGACCGUACCGUUGUGCGUCUAAGCUGGCGCGAUGCUCCCGCCCAAUCGAUGCCUCCUGAGAAUUGGGAGGAAGUGCGCAGCAUCGACUACGCACCAACUGUUGUACCGGUUCAUGACAUCCAUUGCUAG